UACGAACACAUCGUCUGUGAUUACAAAUAAAAUCCUAUAUUGCUCUGCUCUGAUUCAUUCUUUCCUCAUCGAAGUUCAAUAUCAAUCGGCUGCUUCAGACCAGCAGGCAGGUGAGGGGGGGUGGUCACGCGAGGCGCACAUGGGGUCGGCGGAGUACGAGCCGCUGCUGCUGGGGCUGAACUCCCGCACGCGGAUACAGGACUUGUCCUUCAACGAGGUGGAGGAGUUUCUGGCGCAGAAGCCGGUGGCGGUGCGCUGGUGGCCGCGGCUGGUUGGCUGGGAGUCGAGGCUGCUCUGGCUCUUGUCCGGCGCCUCCAUCGUGGUUUCCAUCUUCAAUUACAUGCUCAGUUUUGUGACGCUCAUGUUCACGGGGCAUUUAGGGGCGCUCGAGCUCGCCGGGGCCUCCAUUGCCAGCGUUGGAAUUCAAGGCCUGGCUUAUGGCAUUAUGUUGGGGAUGGCUAGCGCUGUUCAAACAGUAUGUGGGCAGGCUUAUGGAGCGAAGAAGUAUGGAGCAAUGGGGGUAAUAUGCCAGAGAGCAAUCAUCCUGCACUUGGGAGCAGCCAUUCUCCUUACAGUCAUCUACUGGUACUCGGGCGCAAUCCUGCGAGCCAUUGGGCAGUCGGACAGCAUCAGUGCCCAAGGCCAGAUUUUUGCACGAGGUUUGAUCCUACAACUCUAUGCUUUUGCAAUAAGCUGCCCCAUGCAGAGGUUCCUGCAGGCCCAGAACAUUGUGAACCCUCUGGCUUACAUGUCCAUUGGGGUGUUCUUGCUCCAUGUGCUCCUCACCUAUUUGGUUGUUUAUGUGUUGGACUAUGGUCUUCUUGGGGCGGCUCUUACCCUCAGCCUCUCUUGGUGGAUUCUGGCCAUCAUAAAUGGGACUUACAUUCUCUUUAGUCCAUCUUGUAAGGACACUUGGCUUGGUUUCUCUGUUAAAGCUUUCGAAGGGAUAUGGCCUUACUUCAAGCUCACUGUCGCUUCAGCUGUCAUGUUGUGCUUGGAGAUAUGGUACAACCAAGGACUUGUGCUUAUAUCUGGCCUCCUUCCAAAUCCAACAAUCUCUUUGGACUCCAUUUCCAUCUGCAUGAACUACUUGAAUUGGGACAUGCAGUUUAUGUUAGGCCUGAGCGCUGCAGCAAGUGUUCGAGUGAGUAAUGAACUGGGGGCAGGUCGUCCUAUGGUUGCAAAAUUCUCAGUGGUUGUGGUGAACGGAACAAGCAUCCUCAUCAGUAUCCUGUUCAGUGCAAUUAUUCUAAUAUUUCGAGUUGAAUUAAGCAAACUGUUUACCAGUGAUACUGAGGUCAUUGAGGCGGUUUCCAAUUUGACCUCAUUGCUAGCGAUCUCUGUUUUCUUAAAUGGGAUUCAACCCAUACUCUCAGGGGUGGCCAUUGGGUGUGGUUGGCAAGCUGUUGUGGCUUAUGUUAACCUAGCCACUUACUAUAUAAUAGGUCUCCCCAUUGGAUGUGUUCUUGGCUUCAAAACAAGUUUAGGAGCUGCAGGGAUUUGGUGGGGGAUGAUAAUUGGAGUUCUUUUACAAACAGUAACCCUUAUAAUAAUCACGGCCAGAACAAAUUGGAAGGCAGAGGUUCAAAAAGCCGUUGACCGCUUGAAGAAAUCUGCAAAUGAAGAAGUCCUGACCUUGGUGGACAGCAUAUGAGCAUUUGCUGAGGAUACUGUUUCCUUUCUUAAUUUCAACUUAUCUACAUGAGCAAGCUUCCUACCAGCUGGUUUUUUCCGUGCAUUUUUUUUUUUUUUUUCCAAUUUUCCUCUUCCUUUUUUUUUUUUUUUUUUUAGGUUGAGCGAAUACAGAUCAAUGUUUGCCUACCAGCUUUUGUGAAAUUAUGUUUCUCCAAAAAUCCACUCAAUUUCUGCAUUUCCAAAAUGUAGAAACUAUUGGCUCAUGUAUUGGCAAGGAGGUUCUGCUCUAAUAAUUUUGAGGAAGUGAAAGGGAACGAAUCUUUGUGGAACAUAA